AUGUCUCAAGGAAAGUUUGACAAGGCCGUUAGCAUCGUCCAGAGCCUCCCUAAGGACGGCCCGAUCAAGCCAUCGCAAGAUGAUCAGCUCUACUUCUACGCCCGUUACAAGCAGGCGACGAUUGGUGAUGUCAACACCGCUCGCCCAGGCAUGCUCGACUUCGUUGGCAAGGCCAAAUGGGAUGCGUGGAAGAAGCUCGAGGGGACCUCGAAGGAGACGGCCCAGGAGGAGUACGUGAAGAAGCUCAUCGAAGUGCUCGAGGCUGCUGGAAACGAGGAGUCGAAGAAGUACAUCGCCGAGAUCGAGGCUGCAUGA